UGACGUCACCGCGCCCGGUCCAAGAUGGCUCCGCGGGCUCCGGCGGACUGCUUCCCCGGGAUGAGGCGCUCUCUUUCGGCCGCGCUGCCCGGCCUCCUCCUCCUCCUCCUCCUGUUCCUCCAGCAGCCGCGGCUCGUCCGGAGCGACGAGGCGGAGAGCUGCGAGCUGCUGCGGCUCGGACAGUAUCGCUGCAACGAACCGAAGAUCGACGAGAAAACGCAGGAGGCGGAGAACUGCCGCGAGGGGGCGGCCUGGGUGGACUGCCUCCCGGCUCCUAACGUCACCUGUCGUCUCGCCAACGGCUCCGAGUUCCGCUUCAGCGGCGACGAAGUCGGGUUCAGCAAGAGAGUGGCCUGCAGGAACGUGUCGUCCUACUCGUACCGCCUGGCCGUGGCCCUCUCUCUCUUCCUGGGCUGGCUGGGAGCCGACCGCUUCUACCUGGGAUACCCUGCUCUGGGCGUGCUCAAGUUCUGCACGGUGGGGUUCUGCGGCGUCGGGACUCUGGUGGACUUCGUGCUCGUCGCCAUGCAGAUUGUGGGUCCCUCUGACGGCUCCUCUUACAUCAUCGAUCACUACGGAGCUCGGCUGACUCGCCUGGCCGUCGACAACCAGACCUACAGGAAGCCACACCCUCCUCUGUGAGGCCACGCCCCCUCUCCUGCAGACGGACAAGCCACGCCCCCUACAGGAAGCAUCUUCCAUUUUUUUCAAACCACGCCCCCUAGAAGUAUCUUCCACCUCUUCAUCAAGCCACGCCCCCUACAGGAAGUAUCUUCCACUUCUUCAAUAAACCACACCCCCUACAGGAAGUAUCAGCCACCUCUUCAAUAAACCACGCCCCCUACAGGAAGUAUCUUCCACCUCUUCAAUAAACCACGCCUUUUACAGGAAGUAUCUUCAACCUCUUCAUCAAGCCACGCCCCCUACAGGAAGUAUCUUCCACUUCUUCAAUAAACCACACCCCCUACAGGAAGUAUCAGCCACCUCUUCAAUAAACCACGCCCCCUACAGGAAGUAUCUUCCACCUCUUCAAUAAACCACGCCUUUUACAGGAAGUAUCUUCAACCUCUUCAUCAAGCCACGCCCCCUACAGGAAGUAUCUUCCACUUCUUCAAUAAACCACACCCCCAACAGGAAGUAUCAGCCACCUCUUCAAUUAACCACGCCCCCUACAGGAAGUAUCUUCCACCUCUUCAAUAAACCACGCCUUCUACAGGAAGUAUCUUCCACCUCUUCAUCAAGCCACGCCCCCUACAGGAAGUGUCAGCCACCUCUUCAAUAAA